AUGUCGUCGGUCUUAAAAGCAGGAACUCGGCCACCAUGGGUUGGGCUUGCAGCUGCCGUUUGGGUCCAGAUGGCUGCUGGCAACGCCUAUGCUUUCCCCCUUUACUCAUAUGCUUUAAAAUCGAAACUGGGUCUAUCUCAACAACAGCUAACAAUUCUUGGUGUGGCUAAUGAUUUUGGGGAAAAUGUUGGAAUCCUUCCGGGUAUUGCUUCUAAUAAGUACCCGCCUUGGGUUGUUCUUUCUAUUGGUGUUCUUGCUUCUUUCUUUGGCUAUGGUGUCAUUUGGCUUGCUGUUAGUGAAACUGUACAUAACAUGCCGUAUUGGAUUUUAUGGUUGGCGCUUGUUGUUGCAACUAACAGCAGUGCAUGGUUGGCAACUGCAGUGCUUGUGACCAAUAUGAGGAACUUCCCACUCAGUAGAGGCACCGUUGCCGGAAUUCUGAAAGGUUAUAUUGGCCUAAGUGCUGCCGUUUUUACACAGGUGUAUACUACAAUUCUUAAAGGAUCAGCUUCUGCGCUUUUGCUCUUCUUUACACUCGGAAUUCCUGUUUUAUGCUUAGCUUUGAUGUAUUAUGUUCGACCUUGUACGCCUGCUUCAGAAAUAGACCCCACAGAAAGUGGCCAUUUUCUUUUCACUCAAUUGGCAAGCAUUGUUCUUGCAGUUUUUCUUUUAACAAUCACAAUACUGAAAGACGUUUUGACUCUAAGCGAUACCUUAUCAUGCACCUUUAUUGGAAUCAUGGUGGUUCUGUUAAUGGCACCUCUUGCCAUUCCUGUUAAGAUGACUUUGCUUCCUUCUAGCAAGAAGCUUAACCGGUCAGCAGGUUCUUCAGACAAGCUGACUAUAACACAUCCAUUGUUGACACAGUCUACUUCUGACACGAAUCUUUCUAGUCUAAUGGACGGUGAAGAUAUUUCAGAGGUGGAUGUGCUUCUUGCUGUUGGAGAAGGUGCAAUUAAAAUUAAGAAGAAAAGAAGACCUAGAAGAGGGGAUGAUUUUACAUUUCGUGAGGCAAUUGUGAAGGCGGAUUUUUGGCUUUUAUGGUUUGUUUAUUUUCUUGGAGUUGGGUCGGGUGUAACCGUUCUGAACAAUCUGGCCCAGAUUGGGGUUUCACUUGGCUUUAACGAUACAACGACACUAUUGAGUUUAUUUAGUUUUGGCAACUUUCUUGGUCGUCUUGGAGGAGGUGUUGUUUCUGAGUACUUUGUAAGGUUAAAGAUGAUUCCACGCACAUUUUUGAUGACUAUAACGCAAAUAAUCAUGGUGAUAACGUAUCUUACAUACGCAUCAGGUCUAAAUGGAACAUUAUACGUUGCAACAAUAUUAAUCGGAAUCUGCUAUGGUGCUCAGUUUGGUGUUAUGAUUCCAACAUGCUCCGAGCUUUUUGGAUUGAAAAACUUUGGUUUAAUUUUCAACUUCAUGGGGCUUGGAAAUCCGAUUGGUGCUCUCUUAUUUUCUGGGACACUUGCUGGUUAUGUAUACGACACAGAGGAAGCCAAGCAAGGCGGGUCGACCUGCAUUGGCCCAAACUGUUUUGGGUUCACCUUCUUGGUUCUUGCUGGUGUGUGUUGUAUAAGUGCAUCCUUGAGCAUAUUUCUAACCAUCAGGAUUCGGCCCGUUUACCAAAUGCUUUAUGCCGGUGGUUCGUUUCGUUUGCAUCAAAGCUUAGGCCGUUAA